UCCGGUUUGCAGAUGGCGGAUUUUUCAACUUCCAAACAGGCCUAUUUCUGUCAUCAUGAUGUAUGGAAGUUCAAAUAUGUCUCUUUUACUUGCGCAUGUUAAUGUCAUACAUAUUUGCCUUUUGCCAUUUUAAACUAUGUUAUAACCGACCAGAAUUUAUAUUCAACUGUUUUGUUGCUGUGAGUCCGAGUCGUAACUUGACAUAUACCAAUGAUUGCUGUUUGAAAAAAAGGAACUCGUCAAAGAAGAAAUGAACAAUUCUAUUGGCUUCUAUAUUCAUUGAAAGAGAAAAUUUGAUAUCAUGACUUCAAACCGACGUGAUGAUGUUGAUUUGGCUGUGAUGUUACACAAAUGGGCCAUGGAAGAGAUGCGUUACCGCCCACAGGGUGUUGGUGUACGACAGCCUAAUGUAGAUGAAUUCAAGGACAUAUGUCGUGGUCAGAUGAAAGAUAUAUGGAAGUUUGUUACAUCUCAUGUCUACAGUGCACAAACUGUUAAAGAAGUACAAGGCAAUUUAACUUUAAAAGGAAGAAAAAAGAGGACAUAUAAAGUCCGUUUCAAAUCUGAUGAGAAAUAUGAUAGCCAGAGGCAGACCUUAUUGGAUAGAAGGGCUCGACUAGCAGGGGAGGCCACUAACAUCAUCACAGAUCUAAGUCACUUAGAGAAUGACUUAAGAAGACAACAACAAGAACUCGCAGACACACAGAGAACCUAUGUCCUGGCUUGUUCAGCAUUAACUGGUCUACAAAGGAAGUCGGCUCUCCUUCAGACCUUCAACCAACAGGGCCAGAAUACCAGUCACAUGUACGAGGAGUAUUGUCGCAGAAUCAACAGCCGCAUACAGCACGUCACCAGCAGAGCAAAAAAAGCUUCAGAGUCAGAUGAAUACUAUAGCCGAAAGCAUAGCUCUACUGAUGAGGACCACUACAGCAACAUGCCAGCAUUGGAGACAAGAUGCAGUAAAAAGGUGCGGGAAACGUGUGAUUCCGUAGGAUUGUUUCUGAACACACUUCUGCAGGGUGCUUUUGAUACAGAAAAAACGGCCAUACAGCGCAAGAAGGAAUUGUUAUGGAGCGAAGUGGAGACCGUUCUACGGGAGUUCUCUGUACAACAGACCUUCUCCUCCUUACUGGUGAACACACAGGAGUCUAGCUUCUCUCUCCGUGACAAGACCAGCUCUAUUGAUCUCCGUAAGGAUGCAGAGCGCUUACGUUUCAAAUAUGAGAAGCCAGGAGAAAUGACCAACCUUUCCUCUCCACCAUCCUUGUUACAAAGUGUCCACCAACUGUUAGAGGAAAGUCAGCUGAAACAAAUCCAGAGGUUCAUAGAAACUCAGAAACAUGAAAAUGAGACUUGGAGUUUGGACGACCAGCUAAAUAAUGUGAGACAGAAGAUUGAAAAUCAGCUACAGAAAAACUUCAAACAAACAGAAAGUCUGAAGAAGGCUAGGUUGCUGGUUGAGUACGAGUUAGAGCUGUCAGGUAAGCGAGCUGCCCUGACCUGUUGUAUAGACGAGGACGAGACACUCAAGGAGAGGAUUGUCAAGUCACUACGAGACAAGGACAUGCUGGUAGCUAAAUACCAGAAAAUACAGGACUUCAGGCAGAUUGCUGACAAGAAACAGAAUUUAAUCCGUGUCCUCAUUAAACAGAAUGCCAAUGCUAAAUCCAGAUUGGAUGAGCAACAAAGGGAGAUUCAGCAGUACAUUCAAAGAUCACUUCUCUCACAUCAAAUUGAAACAAAGUCCUUAACUAACGGCCUUCAUGGAUGUAUGAUCAGUGAAAUGGACAAGUUUGUUGGACUGACCCUUCCUUGUUUGCUCUUCUCCAAGCAGACUGACAGUCCUUUCAAAGUUGCUGUGAUGGACAUGUCAAUAAAUCAGACAACAAACCUUGUUGCCAUAGCAUCCCGCCAGGCAUUACACGAUGUCUUCAGCUGUCUACAGUUUCCUGCCUAUCUGGCACCAGAGUUGAUAAUGUCGCACUGUCUGGAGGAAAAGUUAAAAUCAAAGAAUAUCUCGGCACAGUUGGAUCACCAUGACAAAAUGCUCCACCAUUUUGGAAGGAGGACAGGAGACAAAGAUGUUGUAGAAGUCAUUAUAGACCUCUGUAAAGAUAUCAGUGAGCAUGACAGGAAGCAGCUGGAUAAGUUACUUCCUGUUCUUCAAGACCGAAUAGAAAAAUCACAGAAGUGCCUAGCUGGGGCAAGUUCUACCAAACAGACUGUUCAGGACUGGUGGGAGCAGCCAGCCCAGUCUACUGUACCCUGGGUACUUGUGGACCAACACAACCUGCAACAGUGGCGGAAUCGCUGGAAUGUAGUCGUCACCAAGCUGCGACAAGCCAUGCUGCAGAAUAUGGACCAAAGUAAAAAGUGACAAAAGUGUUCACUGUUAACGUGUUCACCCCUGAAAUUUUAUGAUGGACUAUUCAAACCUUUGAAUUGGAAGAGUUCAAAUGUGUCCUCGGUGAAUGAGGUAAUAGUGGUGCUGUUUCUGUUGGGAGACCUCUCUAACAUUUUUAUCAUACUAUCAGCUAAUAGUACCCUGUUCAAAUUGCUGUUUGUCCAUACUCUGUCUAUCCAUCAGUUGUCAUUAAACAAUACCUGCUAAUGUUAUUUGUCAAGAAAUACAAAACAGACAUUUUUAAAAUUUUGUAUGUAAGUUUCUCUGAUUAAAAGAACAAGAUGGCCACCAGAUCACCAUCUUGAAUUUUAAAAGGAUGACAUGUAUCAAAACGAAGCAUUCGUAACUUCACUGUAGAAUGACAUGUAUCAAAACGAAGCAUUCGUAACUUCACUGUAAAUAGACAUGUAUCAAAACGAAGCAUUCGUAACCUCACUGUAAAUAGACAUGUAUCAAAACGAAGCAUUCUAAACUUCACUGUAGAAUGACGGGUAUCAAAAGCAAGCAUUCGUAACUUCACUGUAGAAUAUCAUUGGGGCAAACCUUUACAAAUAUAAUUCUUUCAUAGUGUUAAAUUGGUGACAGCAGGUUGAUGCUGUACUACCAGCCAGAAAGGAGCAUAUAUAUUCAGUUAUCAAAUGUAACAAUAUGCCUAUCGCUAAAGCUAAAAUGAACAUAUAAAUAUAUGAGAGCUUUGAUUUCUAUUUUGUUUUUACUUUUAAGAUUCUUAUUAUGUCAAGUGCCAGUGUUACGCAUGUAACUAGCACUGGGAAUUGUGCUUGUUUAGCUGUCACAUGUGAUUACAAAAGAGAAAAAAAAAAUGAUGUGUGUGCUUUGGUUGUCAAUGUUAUCCUCAUUUCUGAUGUCAUUUGUUAUGGAUCGAAACAUUAAAUGAAUAGAUAAAGGUCA